AUGUCGGAUCUGCGGGCCACGUUGGAUUACAUACAGUCGAAGAGAUUCAAGAAGGAAAGUGGUUAUGAGACUACUUUGGCUAAAAUGCUUGGUAAGGCAAAGAAGGCUAAAACAGGCAAGAAGUUGUAUGAGAUGAGAUCGAAAGACGAUUCGAUGAAGUUUCGAGCAAAGGGCAAGAAGACAUCACCAGUUAAUGUGUUGGAUUAUUCAAAGAUAAGAAGUCUGACAAAAUCAUCCCCUACGGAAAAGACAGUGGCUUUCGCCUGUCCUGGACCCAAUGAAAAGAAUCCAAUAAUGUUGUAUGCGAUGCGUUUUGAAAAGGAGGACGAUUAUACCGAGUUCACAAGGCGUGUAGAGUUCCCUCCACCUCCGAAAAACCGAGAUUCUGAGUAUACAGCUCUUUCCACUGAGAGUCAAUCACAACCUUCUGAACCCGAAUCUUAUCCGCAUGGAAAAACGACAACAACUUCAUCUUCCUCUAAUUCGUCUACACCUACACCUACAAAAAGUAAGUCGCGAUCACAAUCGAAACAAGCAAAAAAGUCACCUAGUAAGAACUCUUAUAUUUCUACGGAUUGUGUUCUUUCUUCGAAUCAGAGAAGAAAUUCUAAUCCCCUGAAUCCUGUUAAACCAUCUUAUAAGACAACUUACUUUUCAUUGAAACCAGGAAUUCGUGAUUCGCUUUCUUCAUAUCGAGACAAUUCCAUAAGUCGAAGUUUUAGUCAUUCCUCUUCUAUUAGCAAUUAUACCCCCCAGGGAUUUAGAAUCCGCUCUUAUUCAACCACCUCAAGUGAUUUCAGUGAUGAUUCGUACGAUGAAAAUACUUAUGACAGGAGCGGUCGAAGAUAUGUAAUCUCGCGCUGUCGUAGAGAUUCAGUUUCUGGAGUCGUGUGUCGUCCUGUUGGAAAAUUUAUAUUAACUGAUGAAGCUGCAAAACUCUUUUGA